AUGUGCACCCAAGAACUCAUCUGGUGCCACUGCGGGCACGGCGAACUCUUCCCCAUCCAGACGUGCUCGCGGGCGAAACUUCUAGGGUUCUGCUAUACCAUUGUGCACGGGAAUCAUGCCGUGGUCGUGGAGAGUGAUUGUUCGUAUUGCCAGGCGGGGCUGAAUGGGGGGCGAGGAGGAUUGGGGAGUGCGAGGCCUGUGGGGGAGGUGGCGAGGAGGGUUGAGGAAUUGGAGGAUGGAGGGGAGUUGGGGAGGUUGUUGGAGCAGUCGGAGGGGUGGAAAGAGGAGGGGGAGGAGGAGGAGGAUGGCAGGGCAGGAGGAGAUGGUGGUGGUGGUAGGGGAGUGGGAGGUGAGUUGGAGGAUGAUGUGUCGAAGACGGGUGGGUAUGAUUGGGAGGAGGAAUUGGGGGAGUUGUGGCGGUAUUGUGAGAAUUUGGAGAGGGACGAUGGGAGUGCCACGGCGAUGGGGCAGAGUCACGAUGGGGGGAGAAGUGGGUCGAUGCAGUUGUGA